AUGUCAGGCUUUGCUAGAGUGUCAGGAAAAGGUGACUCGUUUGAUUCAAGUAAUUCAGAUGUGGUCUGCUUUGGUGAAAUGCUGAUUGAUUUUGUCCCAACUGUCAGUGGGGUUUCAUUGGCUGAGGCUCCUGCAUUUAAAAAGGCUCCUGGCGGUGCACCAGCAAAUGUAGCUGUUGGUAUUGCACGUCUUGGUGGUUCAUCAGCGUUUGUUGGGAAGGUAUCACCUACUAUUUGAUUACCCCGGGCUUUGAGUUCCGUUGGUAGUUUCCAUGUAGAAAGGCCAAGGGCUCUUAUGAUAUGUAGAUUGAAUUUCAAACAUAAUAUUUUGAAGAUUUACGCAUUAUGGUGCCUGUAGUAUUUUUUUUAAAAAUCUGAUAGUUAAUUAAUUGCUUCUGUAACGUGAAAAAAAAGAGUAUUUCUGUUCUUAUCUUCGUUGCUUCAAUGAGAUGGAUCUUUCCUGCAUGCAUCAUAUGCUUACAACAGACUUGUCAAUCAAAGAGAGCGAUCUUAAUUUUAAUUAACAACCUUGUGAUCUACUAUUUUGUUGUUGGUCUCAUUUUCUCAGAUGUAAAGUUGGCAAUAUCAACAUGCAUUACACAGGUGCUACUUAGUUGAUUGGAAACUAAGCGUUGAUGUUCUGUUUGGGUGGUCUGGAGCACAUUUCAAUGACUCAACGUGUGACAUGUUCUUCUAUAUCGCAGAAUAUUAUUUAAUUAUGUUGCAGACAAUUAUGAUUGUUUCUUCUCAUUUACUUCUUAAUGAAUGAGUCUCUGGAAAUCAAUCAUCCAUCCCUUUCUUACAUGUGAGUUUUUUCCGUAUGACAUAUUUAGGUUGGUGAAGACGAGUUUGGUUAUAUGCUCGCCAAUAUUUUGAAAGAGAACAAUGUGAAUAGCGAGGGAAUGCGUUUUGAUCCCGGGGCACGGACUGCUUUGGCUUUUGUUACUCUGAGGAAUGAUGGUGAACGUGAAUUUAUGUUCUACCGUAAUCCAAGUGCUGACAUGCUGCUGCAAGAGUCUGAACUUGACUUCGAUAUCAUUACAAAGGUUUGGUCGGUUUUCAUGUUUUGACAAUGAUCCUUGUGCAAUGACCUUGGGACUGUGUUUCCAUUUCACAUUUUCUGAAACGAUUCUUGACGUUAUUUUCUACUUUCUCUGGCAGGCAAAAAUUUUCCACUAUGGAUCAAUAAGUCUGAUAACAGACCCAUGUAAGUCUGCCCACAUAGCAGCAUCAAAAGCUGCCAAGGAAGCUGGAGUGCUUCUGUCUUAUGAUCCAAACCUUAGACUUCCUCUUUGGCCAUCUGCAGAGAGUGCAAGGGAAGGAAUCCUGAGUGUAUGGGAUACUGCUGAUAUCAUCAAGGUAAGAUAAUACUUCAUGGAAUAUUUUCAGUUCUCAGUCGUUAGCGGCUCUUGAUUUUUUGCUGAAAUCUUUGAAACAGAUUAGUGAAGAGGAAAUUUCGUUUUUGACUAACGGAGAGGAUCCCUAUGAUGAUGCCGUUGUUCGCAAACUUUUCCAUCCUAAUCUUAAGUUACUUCUUGUAACUGAGGGUGCAGAUGGUUGUAGGUAUUAUUCAAAGGUAUGGCUUCACUCAUGGAAUGGAUCAUCAAGCUUGGCUUGUGUCGAUGGUCACUGAUGAUAUUGUACUUUGCUUGUCUUGAUCAUGCAUCGUAUAGGCGCAUCUGUAUUUGACAUGGAGUGUCCUUUAUCAUGAGUUGGAUUCUUUCUGUGACUGCUUGGUUCAACUGUUUGCUUUUCUUAUUUGUGUAUAUUAGCCAGUGGCGACUCCAUUCGCUGUUGGGUCCGUAAACACUGAUGUAGAACCCUCAAGCCCACCUAAGUUAGCCAAGACCUUGUUGAAGCAGGUCGGACCUCCCAGCCCAUCCCAGUAGAAAACAGAUGUUAUAGCUAUCCCCAGAUUUAUCGAAGGAUAGCUCGUCCUUGUCAUCGCUUUUCGUUUUUCUUAACUAUGCUAUUAGGUAAUGCUGCAUCAUUUUUUUUACUACGGGAAAUGGAUCAUGAUUUUGUGACUUUUGAAUGAUAGAAAGGGUACAAUGAUAGAAAAGCUUGACAAGAUGAAUCCUUGCAAGUCUUGGUUCCUUGUAAAUAGAAAUCUACAUUCAAACUCAGUUAUCUCCUAUUUUGUUGACAUGAAAGAAAAUAUGAAAUUCCAGGAAUAUUCAUUUGGUGUGUUGAUCACCGGACAUGCAGCCUACACCUGGUUAACCUGAAACCCAACUUCUCAGAAUCCCAGAGAAUGUUUCGGGAACAUGGGAGUGCUAUAUUCAUUUAGCCUGAGUAACUGCAAAAAUGAUCUAGUACCUGUUAAAUUAUUUUUUCAAAUUGUGAUUCUUUUAGCUCGACUAAUUCAUGUCUGUCAAAUAAUUGUUUUCUCAUUGAAUAUAAACCCAAACAUGAAUGUAUUAUUGAGUACUAUAUUACCAUGAUAUCACAUGAUAAAUAAGCAGUCUUUUUGUAUUUAUUUAUGCAAAUGGUGUGAGCGAACCAGAGAUAUAUCAUGAAGAAAAUCUGAAAUAAUUAUUUUCGUGAUUUCAUCAUCAAGCAAUUACGAUAACAAGCCCAUAUAUUUCCUCCCCUCCCCUUUUUCUACGUUCUAGGCACAUCUGCUAAAAUUUGAUCUUGUGUGGUUCCUUGGCUAGUGUUUUUCCAUUUGAUAAUUGUCUGGCCUCCAUUAUGUUAUUAAAUAUUUUCCUCGCUUCCAGAUAGGCAGAUAGAUUAUGUUUCCCUAAUGCAUUAAAUAGAUGCUGGCGUUUAAAAAAUGACUCUGAAUCAAAACCAACUAUAGUGAGAAUUGUUUCUAUUCGAGGCCAAAUAAUGUCUUUAGGCUCUAUUAUCACGUAUUUCAUGCAAAUGGAUGUACAUUAUUUAAGGACUGCUUUCUACAUAAUCCUUCAUCAGUUUUCAUUGUAGAAAAAUAACUUUAAACGCUUUAAGUCGUUUGAUUCAUUGACACUCGUGAUUUUUGCCUUAUUUUUCUAACCUCAUGAUAUAAUUCAUGAACUCUAUGUCCUUGCUAUCAGAAGACUUGCGAACGUACUUCUCUUUUACACAUUUUAACCUCUUGGCCUAUCCACUUAUCAUGUCUUUAAAAAAUCCGACUGAUAAAAAAUAUCAAUGAGGAUAUAUACUAUUACAGGGUUUAAACGUCAGUAGUCACCAUUCGGUUCAGGACCUCCAUCGUUCCUGGUACUACAUUUGCAUGCUUUUGUCAACUAAACUGUGACUAAAGUCUUUCCUGUUUAAGGUUUUAUUGAACGGCUUUGUAUUCCCACCUUUUUCUAUUUGUGUUUCUCUUGUCCCCUUGGUCUCUCCUGAGAACCCGCGUCCCCCCAUUUUAAAGCAAUUUUCUACAGUUUUGGGCAACACCAUCGUCUAAAGUUUUUCGAAUUCUCCAAUCAUCUUUUCUUCAAAUUAUCCCUAGAUGCCUUUACUUCUUGCUCGUUUGCUGUUUACUAAUGGACCCUUAAGUUACUGGCAGUGUUCUCCUGCUAAAUCAAUGCCUUCUUCUUACUUAAUCUAGAUAGGCUCUCCCACGGUACAGUUGCAAUUUCUUCUAUAGGAUAAAAUACCUUAUUUGAAUCACCUUCCGAAGUUGCUAACUAACUGUUCUUCUCCUUUCUCAUUAUUCUUCAACUUCGCUGCCAUGCUUUUUUAUUUUGUUGAUUGUCUGUCAGUUCUUCCCGCUUCAGGGGAGGUUGGGUGUGCUAUUACUAGUUAUCUAAAUAAUGAACAAUCAGACAUUUUUCCAGAUGGAUGAACAGAACUCUGGGCGACCUAAAGGGUUGUUCGUUUUUCAGGGCUUUAGCGGGAGGGUUGGCGGACUGCAGGUGAACGCAGUGGAUACCACCGGCGCUGGGGAUGCGUUUGUUGCGGGAUUUCUAUAUCAACUGGCCUCAGACUUUUCACUGCUCCAGGUACUAUUUCUGCUAAUAUUCUCGCCAGUUUCUCGGGACCUUUAGCAUUACGGGUGCAAUCCUCCUUUAGAACAGUUAGGCUCCUCUCAUCAUCCGGAAGGCAGGAAAGAACAACGACCCGAUAUUACCCCAUUUCCCCGGGCAUCUUCCUGUAGUUCAGAAUCCCAAACAACAACAUCGUCUAGUUAGCGUGGCAUUAUCUGUUUAUGGUUCCUAAACAUAGAUAAGAAAAAAUAACCCACAUCCUGAUUUGUGGUGUAUGAUGAACCAUAUAUGUUGUCUAAUUUAGUAGUAUAGUUUCUUGACACAACAUCGUCCUCAUCCUGAUUUGUGGUGUAUCAACUCUGGUCUUUAAUCUUUUCCUUUUUUUCUUUUCUGCAUCUUUUCCUGUCAUAUUUCAUGACGACGAGAUGUUCGACCUGAUGCUGAUGAUGAUGAGGAUGACAGGACGAGGAGCGGCUGCGAGAGGCCCUGCGCUUCGCCAACGCGUGCGGGGCGCUGACCGUCACCGAGCGGGGGGCCAUCCCGGCACUGCCGUCGCGGGAGGCCGUCCUCGGCGCGUUGCUCGGCCGAGUCGCGUAG